UCAUAACCUCAGAGUGUUCAAUGAAGUGCGUUUCUUGUAUUCUCCUGCUGUGUCUCUCCACGUUGACGGCCGGACAGACGGUCAACCUGUUGAAGAGCAUUGGUUUAUCACAGAAAACCAUCAGCGGCAUCACAGUCGCAAGCGAGAGCGACUCCUACAGACAAUCCGGUGUCUCGUCACCGGCCUACAGCUUCGACGGUGUCGAUAAAACGUUGGCUGUGUCGUCAAGCGACGCUACAACAAUCCUAGCGGGUGUCGGUCAGACCGAGUACUCGGUGGCGACUCUGAUUCGUCGUACAAAGAGACUGACGUCGGGCCAGAGCGGAUCUAUUGUUCUCUUUUCGAUCAAGUCGCCCAGCGGUUUGGAGACUCGCUUAGAAAUUCGAAUGGUGUACGAAUUGAGGAAGAACGAUCGGUCGUGCCCGGCCAGUUGUCAUGAUCUUCGUAUUGAAGUGGAGCGGUCUGGUAGUGUGACGACGUUUGUUGACAAUGACUUGUUCAAUGAUCUGACGGAUGUGAGUGUAUGGAGAUAUUUGGUGGUUGUGUUUCGCGUGCAGGCCGCUGGUGCCGACAUUGGACGGAGCAAUGCCGAGAUUGUUGUGUAUCUCGACUGUACAUCUAGAAGGCAAGCCAUUACAUUGAUGCCGCCGCUAGCUUCCGACAGUGUUGUAACCAUCUGUGGGUCGGGUGUGAACAAGUGUGAUAAUAUAAUCUUGCAAGAUUUCCAGUUUCGUGACAGAGGAUACUCGUACAGCGACUCGAAAAUCUACUGUCCAGCGACUCGAUGCAACACGGACUGUGUGGAAGACAGAACGCUAAUCCGCAAAGAGAUCGAGCAGGACGAGACGAAGCAAGCUACGUUGGCGGUCAAACUGGUCGAGUGCGAAGAUCGUUAUCCACCCGAGUAUUGUGUAACUGCGACAGGAGAUCGUAUAGACGUUGGGCAACAAUACGACGAGAGCUCCUCGAUGAGAUGCACUUGUCGGUCUCAUCUCAACCUCGAGUGUAUACCCAGUACGAUUUGUAAAGAUGGCGGCAAUACAUAUUUUCCAGGAGAUGAGUUUGCCAAGUCGGGAGACAAAUGUCGGAUAUGUACUUGUCAGUCGGAUGGCACUGCUCCAUGUAAGACGGUAUCUACUUGUCCUAAUCCUGAUUGUUCAAUGCAUAAGGAUAAUCCUAAAGUGAUUACUCCUGCCGGCAGCUGUUGUUCCGUGUGCGAGGCCGACUACUGCAAACACGGUACCGUGUACAAGACGAAGGGAUUGGACUGCACUGAAUAUCCAACGUGUGACAAUGUCAACGGUGUCGGCUGUACUACCAAAACUAAACCGGGCUGUGUUUGUAAGAAAGGCCGAGUGUUCGACGACACGGGUGUUUGUAUUAGGAAACGCCGGUGUCCGUGUAAAGUCCGAGACAAUGGUGGCAUCGUGACGAGCACAUUGAAUUUUGGAUUUUCUGACGUGAUAAAUGGUCGUUUGUGUGUGUGCGAGACACCACCGACUGUUACUUGUUAUCGUGGAGGCUUUUCCUAAGCAGUGUGUACAAGUGUUGUGGCAUAAAAGGUGCAUUUUUGCUCUCGACUGAGUCCUAGCAAGUCGCUUAGUGUUAGGGAUUGAAACAAUGGUUCUAGUACAUAGUGAUAGAGGUGAGUGCCAUUUGUUGCUAUCAAUGAUUCACAGAGUAUCAAUUAGUAGUUUAAUUAAAUGAGUUUUGCCACUGGAA